UCAGUAAAAAGGCACAAGCUGGACAGCUCCCAUAACUUAGCAGCAUCGGACGUUUCGCAGUUCAGAUUUUUAGUUUUUGCAGCUACUACGAUUUGAAGAACUUUCGAAGUGGAAAAAAAGCAGUAUGCUAUACUGCUGGGGUGACAAUACAAAUGGGCAGCUAGGGUUGGAGCAGGUCACGACACUAGCGUCAACUCCCACCAAGUGGGAUUAUUUCCAAAGAAAACAAUUACGUGCAGUGGGUUGUGGAGAAAGGCACACAUUAUUCCUGAGCAGUGAUGGACUAGUGUUCUCCUGCGGUGCCAAUGAGCAGGGACAAUGUGGCAGGAGGGAUGCUACGCGCAUAGCCCAAAUUCAAGCUCUGGAAACCUUUAAAAUUCUUCAUGUAGCCUGCGGAAAAGAACAUUCAUUGGCCAUUUGUGAUCAGGGUGAUGUCUUUGCCUGGGGAUGUGGAAGCAAUGGACAGCUGGGUUUAGCAGAAACAAAGACAGUCCACAUCCCCAAAAAGAUUAAAGAGUUUUCCAGUAUCCAUGUUAUACAGAUCGCUUGUGGACAUCAUCACUCUGUGGCACUUUCUAAAGAUGGUAGAGUCUUCUCUUGGGGACAGAAUAAUCACGGUCAGCUUGGUCUUGGUAAAGGAAUAUCUACUCAAGCCACACCUGUGCAGCUGAAGUUCCUUUCUGGACUUCCACUGGCACAGAUUGCUGCAGGAGGGGCACACAGCUUUGCACUGUCCUUGUCGGGGACUGUUUUCGGAUGGGGGAAUAACAAUGCUGGACAACUAGGAGUCGGAACUGGCACUAAAGCGGUGUACUUUAAGCCAUGUUUAGUAGCUGAAAUGAAGAAGAUUGGUGUUUCCUUUAUUAGUUGUGGACAAGAUCACACAGCAGUACUCACCAAGGAUGGUAGUGUGUAUACCUGUGGAGAUGGUAUCUAUGGCCAGCUUGGACAUGGCUCUAAAACAAAUGAGUACAGUCCACGGAAGGUGGAGCUGCCUGAUGGGAAGAUUUCUCAGCUGACAUGCGGCAGCCAUCACACUGUAGUCUACAUUCGUGAUUCUGAUAUGGUAAUUUCUUUUGGACAUGGGACUCUUGGACAGUUGGGAAGUGGUACAUUAUGCAAUGAGGCACAUCCUUUAACAGUUAUUCCCACCGGGAGUAAUGAUGCAGAUGAAUCCUCUCUCACAACAGAUUUCAAGAAUGCUACUGUGAAAAUCAUUUUUGCUGGAAUGAAUGUGAACUUCAUUCAGACUCUGACAUCCCAGGAGAUGGCUGAUGCAGACAGUUUCCCGGUCAGCUUACUGCAAAUCCCCAAAAUUACUGCAUCAUCUGUAGAGCAAUGGUUGGCAGUAAGAGAUGGAAGCCAAGAAAUGAUCCAUGCUGAAAGAGAGAUUGCUUCAAUUUUUUCUUCUUGUGCUGCCAUUAAUGCCAGUUUUCUAAAACUAAGGACUCCUGAUAGCCUGGAAGUCUGCAGUGCAGAUCUUGGUGUGGAUUUGCAAGCUGCAAGGCGAACAUUAUGUAAACUAACUGAAAAAACUUGGAUUGCUAACAAGAUACGUUUUAGUUUGCAGCAACAGUUGAUUCCAGCUCUUUUGGAAACACCACCUCACAAGGAAGCUUGUACAAUUUUUCUUGUACUCCCUGAAUGUCCGGUGAUGCAGAAUAAUCUAUAUUGUCAGUCCUUGAUCAUGCCGUUUGCUCAAGCCAUUGCAAAACUCAGUCCACCACGAAUUAUUGCUAAAGCGUGGUCUUCACUGCCACCAUCAUCUCUGAAUAAGCAGGUGAUGAUGUUUAAACAGACAGUAGUAGAUCUUAUGCAAACAUGGCACUCCACUCCACAGCAAAACAAUGAUAUGAAAACUUUAUUACGUGUGCUCAAACUACUUUACAAGGCAAAUGCCAAGGCCCAGUCACCCAUUCCUUUGAAGAAAUUCUACAUUAAGGAAAUUCCUCGGUACUGUAAUUUCCUUGUAGAUCUAGUCAAAUGGAGAUGGUGGCAGAAACAACCUGAAUCUGUUAAUGAGGACACCGUACCUUUCAUUUUAUGCCGCUUUCCAUUCAUACUGGAUUUAGUAGCCAAGGUGAACGUACUUCACGUGGACGCAGUGCUUAAACAACUGACUGCCGAAGAGCAAAUCAUACGUUCAUUUAAUUAUGAACUCAUUCAAGGGAAUUGUCCUUCGCUACCAGAGUUACCUGUAUUUUAUCUGAAAGUUAAUAAAAAGAACAUAAUAGAGAGCACUCUGCGACAGCUGAAUGUUGCCGAAGACAGCCACUUUCGAAAACGAUUGGAGGUUGAUUUUGUGGAAGAAGAAGGCCUUAACCAAAGGCAGGAAUUCUUCCUAUAUGUGUUUGAAGAACUAGUUCAACAGAAUAAUGAACUGUUUACAUUUCUAGAUAAUGAUACAGUCAUUUGGUUUCCUGCAGAGAGAUCCAGAGAAGUGCCUUAUAAACUCUGGCGCUCCAAUCUCAGUCAUUUGAAGUGGGGAACCACAAAUGAGAAGACAAUCUAUGCAAAGCCAUCAGAUGAAAAGAAAAUAUAUUAUCUCUUUGGAAUUUUAUGUGGCCUUGCCUUGUACAACUGCUGCAUUGUUUAUCUGCCUUUCCCCCUAGCACUGUUUAAGAAGCUACUGGACAUCAAACCCACUUUUGAGGACUUUAAAACCAUGGACCCUAAUUAUGGAAGGUCAUUGCAGUAUCUUUUAGACUACAGCUGUGAUAAUUUUGAGGAAAACUUCACCAUUUUCUUUGAAGCAUCCUGGGAUGAGACCGUGGCAGAACUAGUCCCUGGAGGCAAAUCAAAGCCUGUGACUAACGCAAACAAGAAAAAGUAUGUUGAUGCAUUUGUGGACUAUGUGUUCAACACAUCAGUGAAGACCAUCUUUGAAGAAUUCAAAAGAGGAUUCUACAAGGUGUGUGAUAGGGAGAUUGUGGAGUUGUUCCAGCCAGAAGAACUGAUAGAAAUAAUGUCUGGAAAUGCAGAUUAUGACUGGGAUAUACUGAGAAAGAACGCGGACUACAGAGGGGAGUACCAUCCAAAACACACUACAAUUAAGAUGUUCUGGAAAGUGUUCCAUGAAUUGCUGCUUAAGGAAAAGAAAGACUUUCUCCUAUUCCUUACAGGAAACAGUCGUAUCCCAGUUACAGGAAUGGAUUCUGUAAAGAUUGAGAUCAGCUCAUUCAAUCCAGUUUCUCCUCUUAGUACAGACCAUCUUCCAGAGGCACGGACCUGCUUUAAUUUGUUGCUACUUCCCAAAUAUGAAACUGAAGAAAUUCUCAAAGAGAAGCUUUUAAGGGCCAUAGAAUACAACCGAGGACUCUUCAGAGACUAAACAUGGUCUUAGAUAAAACUUUAUUGAAAUUACUCAUAACUGAAAAGAAUUCUUAGCAACUACCUUAUUUUUUGUCCAUUAUAAUCUUAGCAUUAAAACAUUCAAGAUAAUUUAAGUGUGUUUCCCACUUUUAGUUAUACAAAUUUUUUGCACUAAUGGUAUUAAACUGUAAUGUGUAGUCUGUUUUGAUGAAAAUAGAAUUUGUCUUUAUAGUUUUACAUAAACGUAUUUAUAAAUGUUUACACAUUAGGCACUGAACUUUGACAUCUGUUUAAUAUUUUUAAUGAAAAAAAUGUGUAAUGUGAACCCAUUUUUUUGCAGGAAAGAAAAUGUGGCUAUUUGUGUUGAAAUGGACAUAUAAUUGUAAUAUGCAAGCAAUGGACAUUGUUGUGUAGCAGUGACAAAACUGCAAUAUGCUGCACAUAAAUGUAGAGUGUACUAAAGGAAAUUCAUAUUCACCAAAAUUGUUAGAUCUGCUUUAAUACAGCACUAGAAAUGGAAAGAUUUCUUCUGGGGCUUUGAACUUGCUUAUGUUUAUUUUUGCUUUUGUACAAUAAACCAUGUAAAUUGUG